GGCUCCAGGAUCUCCUGGUUGACGACCAUCAACUGAAAGCAAGCCUUGGUAUCGCCGAAAAGUUUCAUAUUGCGGAAAAACAAUUCCUCAGGGUUAGAAUCAUAGACAGAAUACCCAUCCUUCAAAAUGACUUUCCGCAUUGAACCUGUCAAAUACGAAGACAUUGACAUCCUCUACGAUCUCUACGUCCACGCUCAUGUCACUGAUCCUCUACAACCCUUUCUCUAUCCCAGUCUCUCGUGGGCCGAACAAAUUCAAUUCGAAUCUACAGGACCGAAAGAAGUCUUCCUCAAGCAUCCAUGGGUUCACUACCACAAAAUCGUUGACGCUGAAACAGGAAUUGCAGCUUGGUCGCGAUGGCAUUUUCCCCGAGUACUGAAAGAUCAUGAGAAGGAAGAGAAAACGGACAAAGAUUACUUCCCGGAAAAGAUCCCGGAAGGAGCGAAUCAAGAAUUGAUGCAGGAGUUCUUCGACAAGAUCUUGAAAGUGGAGGAGGAGUAUAUCGAUCGCGAGAAGAGAUACUUCAUCAACUAUCUCGCGGUCCAUCCUGAUUAUCAACGCAAAGGUCUUGGCUCUAUGCUAAUGCGCAUCGGUCUCGACGCCGCUGAUCGAGACGGUGCGGAGACUUUCUUAGUCGCUACAGCAAAAGCUCGAUACAAAGCCUCACGGCGGGGAAGGAAUAGUAACCUUUUUGUGUAUGAUUAGAAAGCCAAAGUCUGGUUAAAUAAUGUAGAUUCAGG